CGGCGGCGCGGCCGGCGGCGGGAUGAGUGGCCACGAGUCCGGCCUCCAUAAUGGGUUUGGCAAUGAAAUAUCCUGCAAAAAAAGAGAGGAUUAUUUGGAAUGGCCUGAAUAUUUUAUGGCAGUUGCUUUUUUGUCAGCACAAAGAAGCAAGGAUCCAAGUUCUCAGGUUGGUGCUUGCAUUGUAAAUUCAGAAAACAAGAUUGUUGGAAUUGGAUACAAUGGGAUGCCUAAUGGCUGCAGUGAUGAUGUACUACCCUGGACAAGAACAGCAGCACAUAGACUAGACACAAAAUAUCCUUAUGUGUGCCAUGCAGAAUUGAAUGCCAUCAUGAACAAAAACUCAGCUGAUGUGAAGGGCUGCAGCAUGUAUGUUGCCUUAUUUCCAUGUAAUGAGUGUGCAAAGCUCAUCAUCCAGGCAGGCAUAAAAGAAGUUAUUUUUAUGUCUGACAAGUAUCAUGACACUACUGAAAUGACAGCUGCACGACGCAUGUUUGAUUUAGCUGGAAUUAUAUAUAGGGAAUUCAAGCCGAAGUGUAACAAGAUCAUCAUCGACUUUGAUUCAAUUAACAGCAGACCAAGUCAAAAGCUUCUGUGAAUUAAGUCUCAUUAAAUCUGUAGAAGCCUGUGAUUAUCCUUUUUAAAAAGCUGCUAAUGUCUUUCAUCUUGAAGUUACUUGUAACUUUUUAAUGGCUUCUGCAGCUAAAGUAGACUUCUAAGAAGUGU